UACACAAUUUUAAGUUACAAACUCAUCGCACCUGUUGCAAAAGGAAGGAAAGAAGAUAGGGAAUAUCGAUUUGUUAACGUUAAUUAUACUCAAAUUCUGAGAGAGGAGAGACCAAAUAGAGGAACACCAUGCCGGCCGACAAAGAAACUUCACCAACUACUGAGGGCGAAGAGAAAGAAAUGAGCUUAAAAGAAAAACUAGAAUAUUUUGACAGAGAAAUUCGUCUGCUGCAUCAGUUUUGCAUCAACUCCGGGUACAGCAAGCAACAGAUACAGCAGUCAGCAGAGCCGUUUUUACGAGCCACUGAUUCCUUAGCAUGGCGGAAGACGAAGAAAAAAAUGAUUUAUUUUGGAGUCAUUAUAGCUGUUCUGGCAUCUUUGUAUCAUUUUAAUCCAGCCUUCAAGUUAAUAGCUGCUAUAUGCAGGAUCACUGCAAUUAAGUUGAUUCCUGUGUGGGACUGGACAAAGGUUCACCAGUGGGAGUGUAUGGUUGACAACCCUCUCUACGCUGGGCUACAGCUGACGGAGGAGGACUGUGAUAUUUGUAAAGACCUUUUGACUGUGGAGAGAAGAACGGGCCUGAGUGCUAGGGAUUUCACGGAGAAUUAUCUGAAGAUGGAGCUCCCUGUAAUUGUAGAAGAUGGAACUAAGGACUGGCCAAAAGAGAAACUGCAGAUAAAUAUUCAUUCCAUCUACAAGGCUUACAAAGAAAAUAAAGCUCUGUACAAGAACCCAGUAUGUGGCUUCCAUUCAGAUACAAAGUAUGGCGGCCUCCAUGUGUUCUUACACCAAGCCGUCAACUCAAACAUGGAGUCCUACUCAGCAGACUGGGAAAACUGCAUGAAAGACUCAGCAAAGGCAUUCAGAAGUUUGUACCAAAGACCAUACUUCAUGCCUCAGACUGUGGAAAUUUCUGACACAAACUGGAUUUUUGUUUCAAAGGGGUCAUUGGAACACCACUUCGAUAUUCCCCUCUCUACACCCCUGUUGAUGCUGAUAGCUAUGAAGGGUCAGUUUGAGAUUGCACUCUCUCCCAAGGACCCCUGCACCAAGUCCUGUGUGGAUGUUCCAGCCAAGUUACAUCAGGGAGAAAUCAUGAUUAUCACAAUGGCUGAUUUACUAUGGCUCAAGUCCUACAGACCAAUGGAAUCAGGAGAAAAUAUUCUAAUAGGAGUUGGAGGAUCCUAUGAAUGAUGUAGUCAAUGUGAACUGUUGCAACUGAAAUCCAUUUUCAACCAUACCAAAAUAAAUGAAUGCAUAACAAAGUA